AUGUCGGCAGGAUUCUUGGCCUCUUGGAUCAAGGCCCAGAAGCUCAACGGUCCGCGGAUGAAGGAUGCCCCGCCGUUCUACCGCAACCUGGAGGAGGCCCUAGACGUGCGACGGAGCGACCAUGCAAUGAUGACGCGGACGCAGAGCGCGUGGAAGAAGGGCGAGGCGGUCGACUUCUGCUCCAACGACCUGCUCUCGCUGGGGACGACGGGCAAGAUCCGCACCGCCUUCCUCGAGGAGCUCGCGCGGCACCCGAACUUCCCCCUCUACGCCGGCGGGUCGCGGCUCAUGGACGGUAACUACGACUACAUCGAGCAGGUAGAGCAGGAGAUCGCCGACUUCCACGGCGCCGAGACCGCGCUCAUCCUCAACUCGGGGUAUGAGGCUAACAGCGCUCUCUUCGCCGCCAUCCCGCGGCCCGGCGACGCCAUCAUCUACGAUGAGCUCGUCCACGCGAGCACGCACGACGGCAUGGCGCACAGCCUGGCCCUGUGCCGCAUGCCGUUCCGCCAUAACGACGUCGACUCGUUCCGCGAGACGCUGGCCUCGGUCCUCGACACGCAGCCUCUGAUUAAGGACGGGUCACGCUGCGUGCUCGUGUCGGUCGAGUCCGUCUACAGCAUGGACGGUGACAUGUGCCCGAUCGAGGAGCUCAUCGAGAUCGCCAAGGAGCUCUGCCCGAAAGGAAACGUCGCGUUCAUUGUGGACGAGGCCCACGCGACGGGAAUCGUCGGCCCGCAAGGGGCUGGCCUCGUCUCCGAGCUCGGGAUCCAGGACGAGAUCGCUAUCCGGGUUCAUACCUUCGGAAAGGCGAUGGCCUCGACCGGCGCUGUCAUACUCGGGAACCAAUCCGUGAGGUUGGCGCUCAUGAAUUUUGCGCGCUCCGUCAUCUACACGACGGCGCCCUCGUUCCCGACGGUGGCAGCGAUCCGGGCGGCGUACAACCUGCUCAGGUCGGGAGAGACGCAAGAGAACCAAGACCAGAUCCAACACCUGGUGAAGCACUUCCUCAAGACGAUCACGGCGAAAGACGUGUGGGAUGAGGCGAACGACCUGGGGAUCCUGUCGAUUCCGUUGAGCGAGAACUGGGAGACGCGGGACUUCGUGACGCACAUCGUGCCGGUGUGGACGCGGCAGCGGUACAACUUCUGGCUCGUGUUCCACCUGCAGCUGGCGGGGCUGUCGGCCUUCCCCAUCGACUACCCGGUGGUGCCCAAGGGCCAGAGCCGCAUCCGGCUCAUGUUCCACUCGGCCAACACCGAGGCCGAGGUGGAGCGCCUCGUCGACACCAUCUGCGAAUGGGUCCGCGAAAUGAUCGACAUCGAGAAGAGCCCCGACGGCAAGUCCAAGAUCCCCCGCGCCGCCCAGCAUAUCUACGCCCUGAUGGCCGACGCCUGA